AUGUUGGGAGGGAACAAUGAGAACCCAUUGCCGCAGGUUCUAAUGAACGGUAACCAGUUUCAGUACCAAUCAAACACAUCGUUGAAUCAGCUUCACUUGCUAGGAACUAUGAGAGCUGGUUGCACUACUGAUCCUGUAAACUACUUUGCUAAUGAUAACCUUGCUCCAAUGAUUCGGCAUAAUAGCAAACGUGGAAGGGAAGCCGAAAUCAACAAUAAUAUCCAGAGACAGCAGAAGCUGCAGAUCUCUUUGAAUUAUAAUAACUACAACAACAACAAUAGUGUUGUUCAAGAUGAACUCCCAAAGCAGAACUUAGUGUCAACUGGUCUGAGACUUUCUUAUGACGAUGACGAUGAGCAAAAUUCUUCUGUAACUUGUGCAAAUGGAAGCAUCACGACUCCAGUCUUUCAGUCACUUGGUGAUAAUAUCAGAUUGGACCUCGAUAGACAGAAAGACGAACUUGAUCAGUUUAUCAAAUUCCGGGCAGAUAAAAUGGCUAAAGGUGUGAGAGAUAUAAAACAGAGACAUGUUGCGUUCUUUGUCACAGCUUUAGAGAAGGAUGUGAGUAAGAAGAUUCAAGAGAAAGAUCAAGAAGUCGAAAGCAUGAACAAGAAGAACCGAGAACUCGUUGAGAAGAUAAAACAAGUGGCGGUGGAAGCUCAGAACUGGCAUUACAAGGCGAAAUACAAUGAAUCCGUGGUUAAAGCCUUAAAAGCAGGAUUAGUAGCUGAUCAUCAUCAAGCGAAAGAAGAGUUUGGGGAUAGCGAGAUUAAUGACGAGGCAGCCUCAUACAACUACCUGAACGUCCAGAUAGUGCCAAGUGCUGGGAUGGGAUGCAAGUCGUGUAACAUAAAGGAGGUUUUGGUCUUCCUCGUGCCGUGUAGGCACUUGAACAGACCCUGCAUCGAUCGACACAACCACCAUGUGUCGAUCGAUGCACUACCUUUGUGUCAAUCGACACAACCACCAUGUGUCGAUCGACGCAAGACGCAGAAAUUCAGAAUCGAACCUAUCCUCUCACGGAUCGAUUCCGCCUAUGAUCACGCACUCACCUUAGCCUACCAAUCGCCUCAGACCUCAAUCUCUAGCAACGCUCCUCUAACCUAUGGGCCCUUGCCUGAUGAACACUCAGAAUCGUGA